GCAUAAUUAAUUUUCAUAAUUAAUAAAUGACAAAAAAAAAAGAAAACAGGAUGGCUUACUCUAAUGAAGUAAAAUCAAUCUAAUGUGCCUAUGUUUCUUUGCUUUUCUUUAUACACCCUAUAGAAGGCGAAUCUAAUUAAUCGUCGCUGUCACGGCUGAUAGAAGUGGAGGUUGAAUGGAAACGAGUCAUCUGGAACUGGAGCGGUUCUUAACGUUUAGAAAACUCUCGUGGUAGGUAGGGUGAGUUCACGUCGUUCACAUCGACCUCAUUGAAUGAGAGAUGUGCGCGUGCACGAUGACCCGCCAGCAGUGAUUUCAGCCGGCGCCGCGCCACGACAUGGCGACCGUCAAAGUGACGGAGCAGAAGGUUAUACUGUGCGGCGAGUACGGCGUCGGAAAGACGUCUAUAUUCCGGCGCUUCGCCAACAACACGUUCGUCGCUAGCAACGACCGCAAGUCGACUCUGGGCCUUGACAACAUCGACAAAGAAUACGUCAUCGAGGACAGACGAAUACGUCUGCAAUUAUGGGAUACCGGCGAAUCCGUGACCCCAAUUUACUACAAUUUUGCAGAGGCUGCCAUUCUGGUGUUUGCCCUGGAUAACUCGACAUCGUUUCAUUUGUUGUCUCAACAUUUGCUCGACAUAGUUACAUAUGCGGAGAACGCGAAGAUAUUCCUUUGUGGAAACAAAAGUGACUUGGAAAACGUCGCGCCACAAGUUACAGAUGCAGAGAUGGAACAAUUCUGCGAACAAUGUCAUAAUCUGAUUUCGGGGAUAUACAAAACGUCAUGCAAAACUGGCGAAGGCGUAAACGAGAUGUUUGAGGAUAUAGCACAACAUCUGGUCGAGGCAAAUCGAUCGCGAAUGGAGCUUCACGAGAUGGACAAGGAUCGAUUUAAGAUUUCAUAUGUCGACGAAGCAACCGACCCAUCGUGUUUGUGCUAAUCUGUAAUUGACAUUCGCCGACAC